AUGCCUUUCCAAAUAUGGGGAUUGUUCCGUCUCUGUGGUUUCUUCAGUGGCUGCGACGCUUCCGUUCUGCUAGAAGGACCCAAUACAGAGCGAAGAGCUAGAACCAACACGGGACUCCAUGGCUUUGACGCCAUCGACGCCGCAAAAAGAGCUGUGGAGAACGCUUGCCCGGGCGUAGUCUCAGCCGCCGAUGUGUUGCAGUUCGCCGCCCGUGACGCAGUUGUACUGGCUGGAGGUUACGGGUGGCAUGUGCCCGCUGGGCGUCGAGACGGAACGGUUUCCAUCAUGGAAGAAGCACUGAACCUGCCCGCCCCGAGCAUGACCGUGUCCCAACUCAUAGAUGUGUUCGGGCGGAAGGGCUUGAGCCCCUCCCAAAUGGUAGUCCUAUCAGGUGCCCACACCAUCGGAAAAGCCCCGUGCGUCACAUUCGACGACCGCGUUCAGACAACCCCGGUGGACCCAACUCUGGCUCCCAGCUUCGCCACGUUCUUGAAGGGGCAGUGCCCGUAUGCAGCAAUCCAAUCCACCAGCGUGGACAUGGAUUCCACCGCGCACACAUUCGACAGCCAGUACUUCAAGGACAUCAUCGCCGGGAGAGGCCUGCUCACCUCGGACCAGAGCCUGUUGUACGACUCCCGCACCAGCGGGGGUGUGUACGCCAACAACGGCGCGGCAUUCUACCGCAACUUCGCCAAGGCGAUGGUGAAGAUGAGCCAGAUUGAGGUGCUCACAGGUUUGGACGGCGAAAUUCGGCGACAGUUUGACCAGGUGAACAGCCACUAGAAAGGGAAGGGGGCCCAGGAAACAAGGCCGCCCAGAUAUGGAGAGCAUCCGUGUAUCAUAGAGUAGAUUAGGACGAGUUCAUUGCACAUGGUGAGCGUCAACUGCCACGUGCUCAUUCUUUCCGGUGCACAGCAUCGGCAUGCUUUGCGUUGCUUGUCGUAAGCAAUUUACCGCACAUCCCUGCGCGGCGUCAAUCUCUGAAUCACUCUUCGUCCUCUGAAUUGGGCCAACCAUGACAAGGUUAUGAGCAGCAAAGCGCAUGGAUGUACUGCCCUUCACAAGUGUGAUGAACACAAACAAACGUGGAGCAGUUGUUGUCGUGGCCGGUUUCGAAGUGGGAUUCAUGGAUAGCAGCUUUGUGAAAUCUCGAGGUAUCGUUUUCAUUUGCAGAGUGCGCAUGAAUAAACUUGAUCUCCCAUAACCAUGACGAGACUGGCGUGCAGUUUUGCUGGGUCUUCUAGAAUCAACAUUUAGGUAGGCAUUGUCGCCAGGGUAAGAAAUGUAAAUGUGCUUUGGCUAAUUCAAUUUUAAACUCA